GGGUCUUCUUGCACCUCGGGUCACGCCUCCUUGGCGAGAAGGCGCCUCGCCUUUGAUUGCUUCCAGUUCCUGCAGAACUUCCUGCCCUGGUGGAGAAGCGGGUCUUGCUUGGGUCGCUCUCGCUCCUGGUCUGAGGCGUGAGACUGAAUUCAAACGGUGCUGGGCCCCCGAAGCCAAGUAGGGUUGGGGGAACAGAGCCUGCGAGCCCCCGCACCCCGAGUGAGGGGCCCGGUGUUAGGGUCCUCCCUCCCCUUGCACCCGCACCCUUCCGGGCUUUGCGCCUCCCCGGGGACCCCUCGCCGGGAAAUGGCCGCGUUGAUGCGGGGCAAGGACUCGUCCCGCUGUCUGCUCCUACUGGCCGCGGUGCUGAUGGUGGAGAGCUCACAGCUCGGCAGCUCGCGGGCCAAACUCAACUCCAUCAAGUCCUCCCUGGGCGGGGAGACGCCUGCCCAGGCCGCCAAUCGAUCAGCGGGCACAUACCAAGGACUGGCUUUCGGCGGCAGUAAGAAAGGCAAAAACCUGGGGCAGGCCUACCCUUGUAGCAGUGAUAAGGAAUGUGAAAUUGGGAGAUAUUGCCACAGUCCCCACCAGGGAUCCUCGGCCUGCAUGGUGUGUCGAAGGAAAAAGAAGCGCUGCCACAGAGAUGGCAUGUGUUGUCCCGGUACCCGCUGCAAUAAUGGCAUCUGCAUCCCUGUCACAGAGAGCAUCUUAACCCCUCACAUCCCAGCUCUGGAUGGCACUCGACACAGAGAUCGAAACCAUGGUCAUUACUCAAACCAUGACUUGGGAUGGCAGAAUCUAGGAAGACCACACACUAAGAUGUCACAUAUAAAAGGGCAUGAAGGAGACCCCUGCCUACGAUCAUCAGACUGCAUUGAAGGGUUUUGCUGCGCUCGCCACUUCUGGACCAAAAUCUGCAAACCAGUGCUCCAUCAGGGGGAAGUCUGUACCAAACAGCGCAAGAAGGGCUCUCAUGGGCUGGAAAUUUUCCAGCGGUGUGACUGCGCAAAGGGCCUGUCGUGUAAAGUAUGGAAAGAUGCCACCUAUUCCUCCAAAGCCAGACUCCACGUGUGUCAGAAAAUAUGAUCACCUCUGAGGAAAAUCAUCACUAGUAGACUGUGAAUCUGUGUAUUUAAUGCAGUAUAGCAUGGUGGAAAAUAGGAUUUGGAUCUCAGAAGAAUGGCUAACAUAAGGAAUGUGAUAUGAAUAUAGAGAUCACAGAGAGAGAAAAAGGAAAAGAGAAUAAGCAGAUUAGAAAGGGGUAACAAAUGUAGUACAACCGAUGCAUUUCCGUGAUGCAACUUGUUUAUGUAAAUAAUGUACACAUUUGUGAAAAUGCUAUUACUGAAAAAAAAAAGCACACAGUGAAACUUACUGACGAAUACCAUGUGACUUUCCAAGAGUUUAGGUUGUGCUGGAGGAUCGGUGUCCUUCAGAUUGGUGAUUGCCUAUAGAAAUAACCUAAAAGCCAUAUUUCUAGUUCAAGGUUAUUGUUUAACAAAAUAGUCCCUUGGCAUACAAUAGGCUUUCAUAUAAAAAGAGUUGUUAUAUAAGAAAUGAAAGCAUGGAACAUAGAUAAUUUGCAACACAGAAUCACCUUUUGGUUUGGAACACUACUUCUAUGGUUCAAUGAAAGGCCUUGGUAGAUAAAAAAAGCAGUCAGUAUUUUCCAAAUAAUUUCAAAAUAAUUGCAAGUCUUUUCGUGAACACCUUUAG